GCCGAACCCGCUGCGAUUAGCCAUGGAUUUCCUUGACACCUCACUGGCCAUGGCGUCUUGCUUUCGAAUUCAAAGAACAUCCCUGCCUGGACAAGAAUAAGGAAGUUUCCACGAGUCCUCCGCCUUUUCAUCCCGCUUCACCGCCUUAAGCAUUCCCCCAGCCCGAACGCCGCCAAUAUGGGUCUCACAGCUUAAGUCCGCUUUCGGAACCACAAUUUUGACAGCCCAGAUUCUCCCACGUACCUUCCGUAAGGUCCCCCGUCCCUUGGAGAAGAAACCGACAGAUAUUUUCAGCCCGAUGCUUUUCAUCAAGCCGUUUGCCAAUCAAGUGGCGGGUCAAUAGCGGAGAUUGCGUAUUAGAGCAGCAGAUCUGACAGCAAACACACGUGGAGUAGUGGAGUUGGUGGCGGAACUGUGACUGAAACCCCUUCACUGCUGUGAGAAGGGUCCAGCGAUCCAAACAGUUUUCCAGCCUAGAUAUAAAUACUCUCAAUCAGGAAGAAGGAAUAGAACCGUCUGGCCUUUUAACUUUCCACAGCACCUACCAUUGUUCCAUCGGGGAGCACAGCCUUGCUGAGCAGUUGAGGGUCUGUUCUCUCUGAGAUUGGCUGCUGCUGUCACCAAGACCCCCUAAUCACCGCCUGUGGUUGCUACUGUUCUCUGAGCGUGCCCAAACGGCGAUAUCAGGAUGGACAGCGACGACGUCACGGGCACGCAGCGCAGCGUCCCGUUGGCAGUCAGCUUUGGUGCUCCGGGCGCGCCAGGUGUGCAGGGGGAACCUGCUGCCAAAUCGGGUAUGCAAGGAGCCCCUCCCGCCACAUCGUCACGCGGUCUCGCUGCCUCCUCGUCGUCCUCCUCUUUGCUGUGCGACAACCCGCCAACGUCGACCGGAAUCGCCACUCCUCCAGGGAACCGGGAUCUACUGCCUUCAGACACGCUGGGCACAAGAUCCCAUUCCUCUGCUGGGCUGAUAGAACCAAGCAGCGUCGCUGGCAAGGGCGUUAUCUCGAAUGCUGCGCUGGAAGAUCCCGCUCUUCAUAAACCACAACGCAUCGUUGCUGAUCGUGAAGGCCACCGUGUUUCCUUUUCCUCACUCUACUCUCUCACUUCAAGCUUCUACUCUUCUGCAGCAGAUAAGUAUCCAAGCACUGCAGUAUCCAGCAUUGCUGGGUCCGUGAAGAGCAACAUGGAGGACUCCACAAAGCAGCCAUCAACGACUCUAGAGUCGGUGCGCGACUCCAAAGCACGCGUUGAGCCAUCUUCUAGCUCCACUGAUGCUGUACCAUCUACUUCCCCUGAAUCGGGAGCUCAGGCUCACGCUGCUUCUCCCCAACGAUCUGAGGCCGGGGAAGCCCUGGCUACGAAUUGGGUGUCCCGGCCUGGAAGAUCUUCGAGCCGGACUCCACGGCGGUUCAGUGGCAGUACCGGGGCAAGCAGUAUCAGUGAAGUGGAAUACAAACCCGCAACGAUUGGAAAGAUUGGUGUUUGUGCCCUGGAUAUUAAAGCUCGAAGCAAACCGAGUCAAAAUAUUCUCACAAGAUUGCAAUCGAACGGCGAAUUCGAGGUUAUUGUUUUCGGUGAUAAGGUUAUCCUUGAUGAAGACGUGGAAAACUGGCCAGAAUGUGAUUUCCUAAUCGCCUUCUUCUCAGAUGGAUUUCCGUUGGACAAGGCGAUUGCUUACGCAAAUCUUCGGAAACCAUUUUGCAUCAAUGACCUCCCAAUGCAAGAAGUCCUCUGGGACCGCCGACUUUGCCUUCGCAUCCUAGAUCAAAUGGGAGUACCGACUCCAAAACGAGUCGAAGUAAACCGAGACGGUGGCCCCCGACUUGCUUCCCCCGAACUUGCUCAACAUGUUUACAAUUUAACCGGAGUGAAACUGGAAGGCCCGGACGAUGGUACAGGUGGCGGGGCUCCUCGAACUCAAAGCGUUACCAUGUCCGAGGAUGGCGAAUCCCUUAUCGUGGACGGAAAGGUUUUUAGGAAACCAUUCGUUGAGAAACCAGUCAGUGGUGAAGACCACAACAUCCACAUUUACUUCCCUGAUGAUCAGCACUAUGGUGGAGGGGCACGUCGCCUCUUCCGAAAAGUUGGAAACAAAAGCUCAGAAUAUGAUCCAGAUCUGAAAAUCCCGCGAUCCAUCACUGAGCCUGAUGGGAGUUAUCUCUACGAACAAUUUCUCCGAGUUGAUAACGCGGAAGAUGUCAAAGCCUAUACUGUUGGCCCCGAUUUCUGCCAUGCUGAAACCCGCAAGUCACCGGUAGUAGACGGGGUUGUGCGUCGCAAUACCCAUGGUAAAGAACUGAGGUACAUUACAAAACUUACUAAAGAAGAAGCAACCAUGGCUACCAAGAUUUCGAACGGCUUUGGUCAAAAGAUCUGCGGUUUUGACUUGCUUCGUGUGCGCGAUAACUCCUAUGUCAUUGAUGUCAACGGCUGGAGCUUCGUGAAGGAUAACAAUGAUUACUAUGAUAAAUGUGCGAAGAUUCUUCGUGACAUGUUCAUCAAAGAAAAGCAGCGCCGUGAUGGAGUAUCGGAACCUUCCGGUAUGCAAUCGAGUGAAACCACUUCUCCGCGAAAGGGUAGUCCGGGCUCGCACCGCAGCGCAUUCAAGAGUAUCCUGAAAUCCCCCAGCAUGCUAGGUUUACAUAACCACGGAAGUAAAGGGCAUCCAUCUGUUUCCGGUGACGGCACCUUGGAUCGUCCACCAACGCUGGUCAGAUCUGAACCUUGCGCUGCUUCCCAUCAAGCUAAAAGUGUCUCUCCAUGCAAGAACAGCACACCGCCGCCCGCCAAUAUAGUUACACCAAAAGACGCUAGCCAUUCAAACUCGCAGGGUACACCACGGCCACCAUCGAAACACUCCUGGAAGCUAAAAGGCAUGGUGGCUGUGAUUCGGCAUGCGGAUCGCACCCCAAAACAGAAAUUUAAAUUUACUUUCCAUACCCAACCAUUUAUUGACUUGCUCAAAGGUCACCAGGAAGAGGUUGUGAUUAAAGGAGAAACCGCAUUGCGCAGCGUCUCAGAUGCUGUUGAUAUUGCAAUGAAGGAAGGAGUUGAGGAUGUCGCGAAACUUAAGCUUCUACGGGCGUCGCUGCAUCAUAAGGGUGCGUGGCCGGGCACAAAGGUGCAAAUUAAGCCAAUGUUUCGCCGACGCACGGCAGAGGAAAUGCGGAGGCACCAGGGCCCUACUGUUCCAGGACCGGAAAACCCAGUCGACAGUUCGUCUAAUGUUGAAGCCGUCGUUGAUGGUGAAGGAGAAAGCGAACGUCGUCCAGUGACGAGAAGCGAUUCUAUAUCGGGACCGACAUUUUCGCGUUUCUCUGCUGUGGAAAAUGACCUGAUUCUCGAUAAAUUGCAAUUAGUGAUUAAAUGGGGCGGAGAACCAACACAUGCGGCAAGAUACCAAUCUCAGGAUGUGGGCCUUAAUAUGCGAGAUGAUUUGAAACUCAUGAAUAAAGAGUGCCUAAACGAUGUCCGGAUGUUUACCAGCUCUGAACGUCGAGUUAGUACAAGUGCCCAAAUAUUUGCGUCCGCUUUCCUCGAUGUGAAAGAGUUGCCCGAUGAUUUCAUUCAAGUAAGAAAAGAUUUACUUGAUGACUCUAAUGCAGCCAAAGAUGUCAUGGACAAGGUGAAAAAGAAGCUGAAGCUUUUACUCCGUGAAGGGAACUCCGCGCCUCCCCAGUUUACUUGGCCUAAAGAGAAUUUUCCGGAGCCUUCUGUUGUGCUAUCCACCGUCGUUGAACUCAUGAAAUUUCACCGCAGUGUCAUGCGCCACAAUUUCAAACGUAUUGAACAAGCUCAAAAAGCAUCUGAGGGUGAUGCACCAAGUGACUCCCUCAAUGUAUCCGACAUUCAAGGUCGUUGGUGCGCUGGAGAAGACUCGCAACUUUUUAAAGAGCGGUGGGAGAAGUUAUUCAAAGAGUUCUGUGACACCGAAAAGGUUGAUCCGAGCAAAUUAUCAGAGUUAUAUGACAGCAUGAAGUUCGACGCCCUGCAUAACCGCCAAUUCCUCGAAUGGGUUUUCUUGCCUACCGAUGAUUUUGUCUACGAUGAGGAAGGACAUGCUGGUUUAAUGCAGCCUCUCGGAUCCAUCGAGGAUUCUUAUGAUUCGUACUUUAAACUUUACCCCGGAUCUACACCGUCAAAGCCAAAGAUUGAUAAACGACUCUCCAGACUGAAGCAGUUGUAUAAUCUCGCUAAAAUCCUCUUUGAUUUUGUCACCCCUCAGGAAUACGGGAUCGAAGAUGAAGAGAAACUCGAAAUCGGUUUAUUAACUUCCCUGCCUCUCCUUCGUGAAAUUGUGAUGGAUCUGGAAGAAGUACAAGCAUCCCCCGAUGCUAAAUCCUUCUUCUAUUUUACGAAGGAGUCGCACAUCUACACUCUCCUCAACUGUAUCCUCGAAGGAGGGAUUCAGACAAAGAUUGCUCGACGCGCCAUUCCCGAACUGGAUUACCUCUCACAGAUUUGUUUUGAGUUGUACGAGUCCAGGGACAGCGAGUCAGAGAAAUUCUCGUAUUCUAUUAGGAUUUCGAUUAGUCCUGGAUGCCACACUUUUGACCCCCUAGAUGUUCAGCUUGAUUCGAGGCACGCAAUCGGAUGUGCUCCAAGAAGAAGUCUUACGGCUCAUCAAGACUGGAAGAAAGUCAUCGAGACCCUGAAGGCCAAAUUCGAUACUGUCAAAUUGCCCAAGUCCUUCAUUGCCGUUAACCUCAGCGAUAAGCACGCGGCAGCUAGACGAGGUGACGAAGAGACGAGUUAAAUUGUUUUAGUAUGUAUCAUACUGGGAGGCAUUCCUGUGAAAGGAAUUUCUUUGGUGUAGUGUCUGGUUGGGUUUGUUUUUGUCCUUUCCAAGAUAGAGCUCUAAUAGACGAGAAUACGGUGGGAGCUACGUGAGCGGAGACUAUGUUUAUCGGUGUUUAUUCGAAGAUGUGUAUCAUUAUCUUCCAUAGCACAGUGCGUAUUAAUAUUAGACGGUAUCAUUAUUGUUUCUAUUAG